AUGUUUGUGUUUCGUAAUCUACAAGAAGGUAUACAAAAGUUCAAUUUAGAAAAAAUAAAUCCCGAUGUUUUAAUUGCUAAUGGUGCUGAUUCAAUACGUAAUGCGUUUCAAGAUGUUUUGGGAGAAACGUCAACAGUUAUGUGUUGGGGGCAUAUGCGUAGAAAUGUAGUGAAAAAGAUAGAGUCAAUGGUAGACAAGUCGGAACAAGAAGAUUUGGUGAACGAUAUCGAAACAUUACAAGUAGCACAAAGUGAAUGA